GGUUGUCAUUUUGAGGCUGCAGCGGUUGUAACGUGUUCUGCACUGUCAGACAGAAACAGCUAUUGGUAUGUUUCACAUAACUGUAACGUAACAUCAGUGUAAAAAAAACAAACAAACAAAACAAAAAAACAAAAAAACAAAAAAACACACACACACCUACUUGCCAGAUUAUAGAACGGGUUCAGUUUAAAAGAAUCAUACCGUGUGCAUGGUGUUGCAGCAGCAAUUGCGAUGGCUGAAGGAGAACCAUCGUGUACCGAGGAGUGCACCGCAUUUUCAGAGGUCCAGUGUCCGGGUUGGAGCGAGUCUCAGCUCCGCAAGUACCCUUUCCAGACCCGGCCAAUACCCAGGCUCUCCCAUACCGACCCCAGGGUUGAGAUGCUUAUAGACAAUGAGGAACCGGUUGUGUUAACAGACACCAACCUCGUCUAUCCAGCACUCAAAUGGGACAUAGACUUCUUGCAGGAAAGCAUAGGAGAUGGAGACUUUUCAGUGUACAUUGCCCAAACUCACAAGUUCUUGUACUAUGAUGAAAAAAAAAUGGCAAACGUUGAAAACUUUACACCAAUGUCAAGGCGAGUGGAAAUGAAAUUCAGUGAAUUUGUGGACAAGAUGCACCAGACUGAAGAAACUGGUGGAGAGGAAAGGUUAUAUUUGCAGCAAACACUGAACGACACUGUAGGCAGGAAAAUUGUGGUGGAUUUUCUGGGAUUUAACUGGAACUGGAUUAACAAACAGCAAGCCAAACGGAACUGGGGACAGCUGACAUCCAACCUGCUUCUCAUUGGAAUGGAAGGGAAUGUGACCCCAGCACACUACGAUGAACAACAGAACUUUUUUGCUCAAAUAAAAGGUUACAAACGAUGUGUACUCUUUCCACCAGAUCAGUUUGAAUGUCUAUAUCCAUUCCCAGUGCAUCAUCCAUGUGAUCGACAAAGUCAGGUUGAUUUUGAAAAUCCUGACUAUCAAAAGUUUCCUAAUUUCAAACAUGUCAUGGGCUAUGAAACAGUGGUGGGUCCAGGAGAUGUGCUUUACAUCCCAAUGUACUGGUGGCAUCACAUUGAAUCCUUACUGAAUGGAGGAAUUACUAUCACAGUUAACUUUUGGUACAAGGGAGCACCCACCCCAAAGAGGAUAGAGUACCCUCUGAAAGCUCAUCAAAAGGUGGCUAUCAUGAGGAAUAUAGAGAAGAUGCUGGGAGAAGCUCUUGGGGAGCCACAAGAGGUGGGUCCUUUACUAAACAUGAUGGUAAAAGGGCGGUAUGACCAGGCCUUCAGUUAGUGCUUACUGGAAGACACUUUGACAAUGUGUAGCUGCUGGAGGGAAAGCAGCCAGCAGCACACGUGUGCGCAAACUGUAAGCUAGUUCUGCACGGCAGCACUGAAACACCUACUGUAGGAAAGCACCUUCCACUUUGCUUUGUCCAUCUGCCAGUAAUGUUACUGUGGAUCCAACCUGUAUCUGUGUCUACACAAAAACAAAAUAGCUGUCAUCAGGGAGAUUUCUUAGGUGAACAUUGAUAUACUUCAGUGUUGAAAUUUGUAGUUGCCUGGUAACCAAUGUUGCUGAACUUGGAAUUGGACUGGUGGCCUAUGGGAUUGUCUCAAAGCGGUUGCUUUGUGCAGAAGCUCAGCUUGUUGUGCGAAAACAAUAUGUAAAGUAAUGCUUUUGUUUUUGAUGAGGGAUACAUUUUAAUAUAGGUUACGUGAUCCAUAUGCAUAAUUAGCCAAACAACAUAGAUCGAAGGAAAGAAAGGCUGUUUCUACCCUUGGUUAUUGGAGCUGGUGUGGCAGAAACCUAUUUUCAGGCUGGGUUUUAUUCAUUAGCUAGGUAUACAAGCACUUCAAGCCAAGUUAAACACUUGGCAGAUGUUGCACCAAUUGCCUCAAAGAGCAAAAAUAAAUCCAGGGCCAUGUUGUGGGGAGGAGAACUGUGGUGGGAAGGUUAAUGUGAUUUAGAUACCAUACCAAAUCCUGUUAGUUUUUAUCAGUUUUUCAGACAACAUGCUGAAAGUAAAUUCUUGUAGAGAUUUUUCAUCUGUUAUAUGAAUCUGGUUUAAUUAUUAAGACACUUUUAAAAUCUUGUAGUGCGUAUAUUUGCUGAGACAGCUUCAUUUUGUAUUGCAACUUUGUGUCUG